AUGUCGCUCAGAGAGAGGCCAGGCUCGUCCUCCAACCAGGACAGAAGGGAACCCAGAUACCAUGUCUAUGUCCGACUUCCCUUCAAUCGGGGCGACUUCGUUGAUCCUCCACCAGUGAGCUGGGACGAUAGGAAAUCCGAAGCGCUAUGGACGAUUAUCUCAGGGGUAUCGCAGACAGAGAUUGACUGUAAGUCUAAAUCGUCCCACAAUGCAGGCUUCAUGCUAAUCACUCUGAUAUCUAGGGCACGAGCUGUGAGUCUUCCUCGUCCCUGGCGGUGCGCUUCGGCCUCGAGUAUUGACACUGUGCGUUGCUAUAGGGCAGUCCAGUUCGAUGUCACAGUCGAGUUCCUCCUCCAGAUGGUAUCCUAUCUGACCGAGCGACACACUGCCCAACUGCGGGCGCAGAUGAGGAAAGCCGCGAGUGGUCGCGGUUCCGCUGCUCCGUCACCGAUUCCCGGCGGCGAGCCUGUUGGGUACGCCGAAGGCUUGAGAAGAGCUGGCUCUGUCGGCGGCCGUACUUCAGCUCUCUCCAUGCGCAAGGAAGCUCUCGCUCCUAAAGACGAUGUCAAUACUCCUGGGAUACCCACCGCUAAGACGUCCUCUAACCCUCUACGACCAGCCAUCUCGCGCAACUCGUCGCAAACCACUUUAAUCCCAGGGCAGAACCCGAGCCUCGCUGCUGCCCCUCCUACGACUUCAAACAACAAGAUAGCCAGCAGGCUAAGCGAUCCGCAACGCCGGAGAGUAUCACUCUUGUCCAUUAACACCAAAGACGCCUCUUCCGGUGAUGCCAUCCACGAAACAGACGAUAACCGAUCCUACCGGCCCCCAGAAUCGCCAUCGCCAGUCGCCUCCACAUCACCAUCCUCCGACGAUUCAGACUAUGCCGAGCAGAUGCAAAGCCGCUACAUCCGCCGUCCUCCACGCUUUCAAUCAGCGGGCCAAAGUAAAGCUUCUGACGAUGACGAUGACGAGCUCGCUUUCCUCCCUCCUACUAGGACCAGACAACACCAGCCCCAACAACAGCAACACCAACACCAACCAAAAUUCCAACAACGUCAUAACAGUGAAAACAACAGCAGCAACCCAACAGGCUCCACCUCAACCUCAGACGGCAGCGGCGCUCUAGAUCUCUACGCAACCGUGACCAAGCUCCCCCUGAACUACCGCGACCAUCAACCGUCCCCUCGAAAUAGGAUAGGGUCGUCUGGAUCACAAAAUCAGCAGCAGCAAGUUGGUCACGGUCACAGCCUGAGCAGUACGAAGAAUCAUCCCCAAUUAUCCACGAUCCAAUCGCAAACAUCGGACUCGUCUACCAGUUCGGCGGCCAUCAUUCCUAGCAACCCACGUCGACUUGCUAGCGGUGAACUGCGUUUAGGUACGAGUGGUGCAGGUGGUACAGGUGGACCUGGAGCGAGACUCCCCGGCCCACUGUCCCCAAGAAGGAUAGAUAUGCUGUCGAGAGAAGGAAGCGAAGGGGCGCCGAGUAUGGGGAGUAGUUUUAGUGAUCUUGAUGAUGCCUCGGUAACUCAGUCAGCACUCGAGGAAGCUCUAGCCAGUAGGAUGCAGGAUGGAACGAUUGGUAGUCGGAUGAGCAUGAUCGGGCACACCAUUAGGAGCAAAUACUUGCCCAGUAAGGGGAAUCGUCCCUAGAGGUAGAUGGAGACGGUGGUUGAUUGCCCGCCAAGGCUACGGCCAAAGGUCUCCUCAAGAUUUCGGGUUAUAUCG